AUGACUUCUGAUGCUCCUGGUAUAACAAGGUUCACUCCAUUUGGCUCUCCUUUACCAUGUCCAGAGGAGGUUAAUCCUGAAAAGCUAUCAUUAGCUCUAGAACCAGAAGUAGCUGCUAUAUAUGCACAGCAUAAGUCAGAAGUAUCAGGAAAACCUCCACAGAGAUAUAUGGUAGUUGAUAUAGGAGGAGGUACAGUUGAUAUUACUGUACAUGAUAAGAGUAAUGGGAGAAUUAGUGAAGUAUUACCACCAAUGGGUAACACCUGGGGAGGAACAACCAUCAAUGAAGCAUUAUCAGAAUUACUACAAGAAAUAAUAAAUGAUAAAGGUUUUCAUAUUUUAUUGAAAUCUGAUCCCAUUAGUGCCAAAACUACACUAUAUGGGCUAUUUUACGAAAAGUUCGAAGAACAGAAAAUAAUAUUUGGAAAUGCAAUAGAAGGGUACAAUUUAUUUGAAGAGGUACCCACAAUAGAUAAGAUCCUUGAGUGCAUCGUGAGAGCAGCAAUUGAUGAGCUAACAGAUCAUAUUGAUACAGUUUAUCUAGUAGGAGGGUUUGGAGGGUGUAGGUUUGUCAGUCAAAAAAUAGAAGAAGCAAUGGCUCAGCAUCAUGGCAUGCUUUAUGAUAAUAUAGUGUGUCCUGUACAACCAGAUCUUGCUGUUGUAUCUGGAGCAGUAAUGUGGAGGAAAGAUCCUAGCAUAAUCCAAUCACGUGUUGCUGAUGCUACUUAUGGGAUAAAUGUUGGGCCUGUAUUCAACCCAGAAAUACAUGAUGAACAUUACAUGCAUGUUAAUAGAUGA